UCCUUCGCUUCAGGUGAACUGAAGUCAAACUUCAUUUCUGUUCAGAUCAAAAACGUUGAGCUGUCUGCAAAAAGAGACACCAUGUUCAGGUUUUCUCUAAUAGUCUGUGUUGCUCUGAUAUUUGGCGUCGCAGCGAAGCCAUACAAACCCUGGAAUAAACUUACAGGUGAAGCUUUCCAGGAUACUGUUAUGUCCAUAGAUGAUAAUGGAAAAAUGUCCUGGGGAGUGGAAGUGGAGCCUCCAGAGACCAUGGAUGAGACUGACUAUGACAUCGACCCUAGCAUGAUGAUUUGGAAGAGUAUGAGAGGCAAGGAACAGGACAAACAGCCCCUGAAGGCUGAAGAAGACUUGGAUGAGCUGCACCAUCCUUCCAUGGCUGAUCUCCUCAGAGUCCAAAUCCAAAACAUGGACGUCCUCUCAGCUGCCGACAUCCAGCCAGGGCCCGCGCAGGAAGAACCCAACAUGAAGUUUAAUGAGGAACCAGAGGAGGAUAGAGAUGACAUCGACCACCCACUUUUCAGUAAGGUGGCAGAGGAACCUGAGCAGAACUGGGAUGAAGUGUACAACAAAGCCAGGGAGGAGCUGGAUAGAUAUCUGGCCCCACUCACGGCUGAAUACAAAGCUGGUGAUAAAGUCCGUGUUGCACACUCUGAACCAAAGAAGGAUGAAAACGACCUGUAUCAUCAUGACGACCAACCUUCAACUGUGCAGAUGGAGCUGCUGUUGCGUGAGGUCAGGGGGGAUGGUGAGGUCAGAGUUCACCUCCAACCAGAGGAAGACAUGGACGACCUGUACCACAAAGACCUCCAGGUGCUCGUCCCUUACCAAGAUGAUGCUGCAGUUGUCGCUCCCGUUGAUCUGCCGUCUCAGAGGAAGCACAGCGAACCAGAGGAAGAUCUGGAUGAUCUGUACCACCAGUGAUCCACACAACCUGUGUAGAUCCUUAUCAUUUCAGAUCAGACACAGCUCACACACUGUAGCUGCAACAGGGAAAUAAAUCAUAAGCUCCUUUUGACUCAUUUAAACUGUCUUAAAAAUCUGUGUUGUUUAUAUGUA